AACCCCUCCUUUUGGCUUCAAAACAACCCCACACCUAACUCCUCACUCCUCACACCUGCUCACACCCUUCUUCUUCCCUUGGUGUGUUCCAAAAGAAUAACCCAAACACAAAGCAACAAAUUCACAAAAAUGAAGAGUGAUACAAACAGCCCUACUUCCUCUCCCACAUUUUCUCACUCUUCUAAUAACAAUAUCGCUUCUUCCCCUCCCCAAGUUGUCAUGAGCCCUUGUGCUGCUUGCAAAAUUCUGAGGCGAAGAUGUGCUGAAAAAUGUGUCUUGGCACCUUAUUUCCCUCCCACUGAACCUGCCAAGUUUACCACUGCCCACAGAGUCUUCGGUGCUAGCAACAUCAUCAAAUUCUUGCAGGAACUUCCGGAGUUUCAAAGAGCUGACGCAGUGGCGAGUAUGGUUUAUGAGGCUAGUGCAAGAAUAAGAGACCCAGUAUAUGGAUGUGCAGGUGCAAUUUGCCAGCUCCAGAAGCAAGUGAAUGAACUUCAAGCACAAUUAGCAAAGGCACAAGCUGAGGUUGUGGACAUGCAAUUCCAACAAGCCAAUCUCUUGGCUCUAAUUAGCAUGGAAAUGUCACCUACUCCACAGGAAUCACCACAACAAUCUGUCGACAACUUCAUUUCAAGUCCUUCCCACAGCAUUGACUAUCAAAACAGUUGCAAUUUCUUUGAGGAGAUGGCCAAGGCCAACCUAAACUCUAUGUGGGAGCCUCUUUAGACAUGAGCAAGAAGGAGACUUAUGCUAGACUUUUUCAAAUAGUGUUCCCAUGACAUUCUCCUAAGGAGAAGUAGAAGGAAUCUAGUAGAACUAAUAAAUUAUAAAAGUAACUUUGGUAGCUAGAACUCUUGUAGUUAGGUUGAUUCCCUCUGUGGCAGAUUUUGCAGAAAAUAAUGUUAUUCUGGAUCUAGUCUCUUUGCACAAGGUUGGCAAAGUAAUUAGGUCCAAAAUUAUCAUUUAAAAUGUUAGAUGAUUUUUCUGAAACAUGUAAUCUUUGCAAUAUUGAAGAAAUUAGGGGAAAUGUUAUGUUUUAGUGUGUUUGUGUGCGCUG